ACACACCACAGAGGGCCUUGAGGGCACUGAUCCCAUCUGUACAUCCUUCCUCUCCUCGGGGCUAAAAGAGCAAGGAGGAAGCACCAGCCUCCCUGACCUGGGCAACCUUCCUGGAAAGAUGCAGCCUCUCCUGCUCCUGCUGGCCUUUUUACUGUCCUCUGGGGCAGAGGCAGGGGAGAUCAUCGGGGGACAUGAGGCCUGGCCCCACUCUCGACCCUACAUGGCAUUGGUUCAAUUUCUGUUUGAAGAGAUACUGCACAGUUGUGGUGGUGUCCUCGUGCGACACGACAUCGUUCUGACGGCAGCUCACUGCUGGGGAAGAUUAAUGAAUGUCACCCUUGGGGCCCACAACAUCCGGAAGCAGGAGAAGACCCAGCAAGUCAUCACUGUGAGACAAGCCAUACGCCACCCAGACUAUAAUCCUAAGAACUUCUCCAAUGACAUCAUGUUACUAAAGCUGGAGAGAAGGGCCAAGCUGUCUGCAGCUGUGUGGCCCCUCAGCCUGCCCAGGGGCAAGACCCAGGUGAGGCCCGGAGAGGUGUGCAGUGUGGCCGGCUGGGGGCAACUUGCCCCGAAGGGCAGGUUCCCAGACACACUGCAGGAGGUGGAACUGACUGUGCAGCAGGAUGAGGUGUGCGAAUCCUACUUCCGCAAUUAUUACAACAGUACCACUCAGCUGUGUGUAGGGGACCCGAAGGUUAAGAAGUCUUCCUUUCAGGGCGACUCUGGGGGCCCUCUCAUCUGUGAGAACGGUCUCCAGGGCAUUGUCUCCUAUGGACUGGAUAAUGGGAGUCCUCCACGGGCCUUCACCAAAGUCUCCAGUUUCCUGCCCUGGAUAAAGAAAACCAUGAAAAGCCUCUAACUGUGGGAACCAGCCCACCAGCUCUGGAGCUGAUCCAGAAACACCCCAGCCACUAAAUAAAUGUCUCUUAGC